CUGUCAGUGUCAUUCUGUAGUGGAGAUGUGGAGUGUCUUUCUGUCUCUCUGUCUGUUUUUCCAGCCCAACUCAGCUGAGGAAGUGAUGCUGCUGGACUCAACAGAAUCUACCUCGGAGCUGGGCUGGACCACCUAUCCAGACACAGGGGAUUUCCUGCUGACUGUUUGCACAGAAGUGUGUUCAACAUCCAAGUUGGACCAGCUCUGCUUAAAGUUUCUCACUAUCUCCUGUUGUUCCCCUGAAUAUCUUACAACAAGCAGCAAAGCUCAAGAUGCAGCAGCUGGAGGAUGAGAAGCCCAAGAAGAAGAUCACCCUUUACCUUCUCUACUGUGUUGCAACAGCAGUCAUUGGCUCACUGCAGUUUGGCUACAACACUGGAGUCAUCAAUGCACCGGAGGAGAAAUUGCGUGCGUUUUUCCAAAAUGUGUCGAUGGAUCGGUACGGAGAGCCCUUUUCCAAAGGAGCAAACACCAUGGUGUGGAGCUUUGCUGUGGCCAUCUUCAGCGUGGGAGGAAUGAUUGGCUCCUUCUCUGUUGGAAGCAUGGUCAACACCUUUGGCAGGCGGAAGUCCAUGAUGUUAGCUAACAUUCUUGCUCUGGUGGGCGGUGUGCUGAUGGGACGGUCCACCCUGAGUCAGUCGUUCGAGAUGAUCAUCAUCGGCCGCUUGAUUAUCGGUGUGUUCUGCGGCCUGUGCACGGGUCUCACACCGAUGUACGUGGGCGAGAUCUCUCCCACCGCCGUCCGAGGAGCCUUCGGCACACUGCACCAGCUGGGCGUGGUGAUUGGCAUCCUGGUGGCACAGAUCUUUGGUCUGGAGUUUCUGCUGGGCUCGGACACUUUGUGGCCUCUGCUGCUCGCUCUGACUGUGUUGCCCGCUGUGCUGCAAACCAUCAUGCUUCCCUUUUGCCCUGAAAGCCCUCGUUACCUCCUCAUUGUCCUCAACAAGGAGGAGGAGGCAAGACAAGCCCUGGUACGCCUGCGUGGCUGUGAAGACGUGAGCGACGAUAUUCAGGAGAUGAAGGAAGAAGGGAUGAAGAUGGCCUUGGAAAAGAAAGUCACUGUCUUAGAGCUCUUCCGCUCUCCAAACUAUCGUCAACCGAUCAUUAUCGCCAUCAUCCUCCAGCUCUCUCAGCAGCUAUCUGGCAUCAACGCUGUAUUUUACUACUCUACAGGAAUAUUUCAAACUGCUGGUGUGACUCAACCCAUCUACGCCACCAUAGGAGCGGGAGUGGUCAACACUGUCUUUACUAUCGUCUCUCUCUUCCUGGUGGAGCGGGCGGGGCGGAGGACGUUGCACUUGAUUGGACUGGCUGGAAUGGCCGUCUCUGCCCUUCUCAUGACCAUCUCCCUGUCUCUAGUGAAGACCAACCAGGCUCUAAGCUUUCUGGCAAUUGUGGCAGUGUUUGGAUUUGUUGCCAGUUUUGAGAUGGGCCCGGGUCCGAUCCCGUGGUUCAUCGUGGCGGAGCUCUUCUCUCAGGGACCGCGGCCUGCUGCCAUGGCUGUCUCUGGUUGCUCUAACUGGACCGCCAACUUCUUGGUGGGGCUGGGUUUCCCUAAACUGGAGGAACUUUGUGGUCCGUACGUCUUCCUCAUCUUCAUGAUCCUCCUCAUCCUGUUCUUCAUCUUCACCUUCUUGCGAGUCCCUGAGACAAAAGGAAGGACCUUUGACGACAUUGCCCAGGGAUUCGCUGCCAAAUCCUCUGCGUCCCCGGUGCCUGAGGCGGUCGUUGUCGGCCUGUAGGAGAGCAAAGACCCUCCACCCAUGUCCCCCACAGAAAAAUUUCCCAUGGUGUCUCUCCCUCCAGAGACACAAUGAAUAACUCAAUAAAUGAAAACUUAGGGUGUAAGAAAAAACUUAGUCCAUAGCCCACAAAUAAUGAAAGGUCAGCAGGAUGUGUCUGGUAAAUCCAUAUCAGUAUACUAAUGCCUUUUAAGAUUUUAUAUUUUUAUGUAUAUUUUUAGAUAAAUACUUGUUUUUUAAAUAUCUGAUGCAAUACCCUCUAAA